UCCCUUCUCUCUCCCCUCCCCUCCCCUCCUUUCUUCCCUCCUUUCUCCUUCAGCACUGCUCAGCUCUGGCUUAUGGAGGUUAUGGGUCAUGGGGAGCUGGACUGUCCCUUUCUAGCUGGAGGAGGCCUGGGUUAUUCCCCAGAGGACACAGCUCCAGCACUGCUUUCUCACCCACUUGACAGAAAGUUUAGCAAUCCCUGAACACUCCCUGCCUGGCCCAGUUAAGAUAAAAAAAAAAAAAAAAAAGUAAAAAGAGAAAAAAAAAUCUUCCUCCUCUGGGCCUCAGGGCCACCUCCCACCUCCCACUGGCCUGAGCUAGAGGCUGCCCUUUCCGCCCCUGUCCCAGAGAUAAGAGCGCCCAGUCCAGGCCAGCAGGUGCAGCUUCCCAGCCUGCACAGACACUAGCUGUCUGUCUGCUGUCUGAGCAGUCUGUCCAUCUGUCUGCGCACCUCAGACGGAUGUCUGCACUGAUGGAAGUCCCUCUGUCCACUCUCUCUUCCCGCCCGCAGGCAGCCUCUGCCAUGUGUGAGCCCGACUUUGGCAGCGGCAGGGAGAAGGAGGAGGCCCACUUGGGGCCCGGGGGGCCAGGGUUCGAGCGCUUCGUGCAGCCGUGUCUGGUGGAGCUGCUGGGCUCCGCGCUGUUCAUCUUCAUUGGGUGCUUGUCGGUCAUUGAGAACCAGCCUGGCGCCGGGCCGCUGCAGCCUGCACUGGCCCAUGGGUUGGCUCUGGGGCUCGCGGUCGCCACCCUGGGCAACAUCAGUGUCAUGAGUUGGAGAUUCUUGAGGCACUGAGAGACUAUGCACGUUGUCUAAGUGCACAGAGCUGAUCAGUGACAGAGCUGGCUUGGAACCCAGCCCAGCUGACUGGAAAGUCCAUCUCUGAAGUAUACAUCUGUAUACAUCUGCCCAUCUGUAUACAAAGUUUCAUUCAACCAUUUGCUUCUUUCGUCAAUAUUUACUUAGCGUCUACUGAAUCCCAGGCCCUGCCUUUAUUAUUGUUGAAUAGAUCCAAGAUAAGAUAUAAAAAGCACC